AGUUUAAUUUACAACUAGGGUAUUGGUCACAAACCCAAAAGGAUUGGAAUUCAAAACAGGUUUUGGCCAUAAAAUAUGAAUCGCAUUUCGAAUCAAUUAGGCAUAAACCGUUCAGCAUUUUCAGUGACUCUUAUUUUAAUAUUGGGUUCACUGGAAAGAAAAAUGCUGGGUAUAAACAGAUAUAGAUAAAGCUUGGAUAUUUCUACUGCCAAUAAGAAUAUCUAGAGUUCAAUUCUACCGAGAGUGCUAAAAGGAGAUCUAUUAUGCAAAAACCAUAUCUUGAAACCCAAUCGAUCUUUCUCUUCUAGCAUUUCAUGCUUUGUUCUGAAGCGUGGGCAAUUUACAAAAGGCAGACAAAUCUUGAGAGAGAUCUUCGUCCUUCACAAUGCAUCUACAGGCUUCGUACAAGCCAUGUUUGGUGUUUCGCAUCACUGUCCUGCGAGGACGUGACAUUUCUAAAGGCAAAGUGGCGGAUUUGAUCGAUACCCCUGACCCCUACGUCAAAAUCCACAUUCCUACCGCACCGAAUGGAAAAGCCCAAACCAAAGUCAUGGAUGAUAACCCGAAUCCUGAGUGGCACGAGACCUUCGAGUUCCUUCUCGACCCAGACAGAGAGAAUAUUAUGGAAAUAACUCUGAUGGAAUCGGAUCUUGUAAGCGAUGAUAUUCUGGACAAGCACACGUUUCGACUCAAUGACCUGGAACGAGAAACGCGUGUUGAGCAGACCUUCAAGUUUGCCGAGACCUCUAAAGUAGAUGUGGAGAUGGAAUUAUGCAGUUGCCCAGAUCCCAGCGAUCUUCGCUAUAGUAUUGAACUGUGUGAUGAGGAGAUGAACUACCUGAUAAAGCGACGAGAGUUUGUCUACGAAACGAUGAGAGAAGUGCUAGGAGAUCGCGGCCCGAAAAAUAUCAACGAGGUUCCCACUAUCGCAGUUCUCGGAUCCGGGGGGGGCUUUCGUGCCAUGACAGCCUUUAGUGGCGUAUUCUGUGCACUCAAAGACACGAAGAUUCUCGACUGUGCGACGUACACCGCUGGCCUUUCGGGCUCAGCAUGGUACCUCUCGUGUCUGUACUCGCAUCCCGAAUGGCCAUCGAUUCAUCCACGACAAAUAGUCGAGGAGCUUCGUGGGAACGUCGGUCAAAAGUGGACGCGUCGGCUGGUUCAACCUUCUUGGAUGUACAAACACAUGCAGACGAUAAGCAAAAAGAGGGAAAAUGGCCAGCCUGUUAGCUUUACGGAUUUCUUUGGGCAUUUAGUGGCAGAUACUAUUAUUGCUGGGCGAGAGGAGUCUAAAUUGAGCGAGCAAAAGGACAAAGUUGCGCAUGGCGCCGUCCCACUACCGCUGUAUACUUGCGUCCACGUGAAAAAAGACGUAUCUGCGCACGCCUUUUGUGAAUGGUUGGAGUUUACACCCUAUGAGGUUGGCUUUCCUAAAUAUGGAACUUUCGUUAGAAGUGAACUCUUCGGAAGUAAAUUCUUCUGCGGAAAACUGAUGAAAAAGUUUGACGAGUCCACACUACAGUACCUCCAAGGGUUAUGGGGAAGCGCGUUCACAAUUUUACUUCAAAGAGUUGUCAAGGACGGACUUAAAGAACCCGACGAGACAGUUAGCAGCGUACAGAAUAGAGGCGAUUUGCGAAAUGAAUUAGAAGAGAUGAUCGCUUCCGAAGAGGAUGACCAUAACGAAGACAGCGAUGACGAGCAAGCAAGCGAUUCAGAUGAAAAAGACGCGGCCAAAAAUUCAAAUGGUGACGACGACAAAGAGCAGAGCAAAUUAAUGGAGAUCGUAGAGAAGGUUAUUGACCGUUUUGAUGUCUUCAAAACGAGGCAGGGACGAGCGGGCCUGGUUCAUAACUUCCUGCGCGGAUUACAGAUUGCACCAUCGCCCGAUGACGUUGACGCUGUCGCGUACCAGCAGCUCGUUUCCGAAGACAAAAGAAUCUUCUUAGUAGACAGUGGGCUAGUGUUCAACUCACCCUACCCCCCUUUACUCCGUCCCGAGAGGGGGGUGGACCUGUACUUAUCGUUUGAUUUCAGCGCGCGAGACAAAGACGAAGAGUUCCCGUUUAAGGAGCUUUUGCUUGCAGAGGAAUGGGCCAAGAAAAACAAUCUUCCGUUUCCCCCAAUCAAUGCGCAUGAGCAGUAUGAGACCGCUGGCCUCAAGGAAUGCUACGUAUUUCGUCAUCCAAGCGACCCAGCAUGCCCCGUGGUCAUGCACUUUGUUCUUGUCAACAAGAGUUUUAGAGAGCACUCCAAGCCAGGUGUGCUGCGAUUGACAGAAGCCGACAAACUCCAAGCAGAGUUCUCCAUCUUCGAGGAUCCCAAAGGCCCGUAUAGCACGUUCAACUUCCAUUAUCCUAACGAACCUUUCGACCGUCUCACCUCACUCACGGAAUACAACACUUUGAUGUGCGAGAGACUUAUCAAGGACGUGAUGGCGGAGUGUAUACAGAGGAGACGUGACAAGAUCAACCCCAGGGGGAGAGGGAGAGUAGGGAAAUGCGUCUUGCAGUGAGGUCAUGUCCGUGGUGUGUUCUGGGUGAAUCAAAACGGUGACCGAGCCACUGAAGAAUGGAAACCAUUACUAGAUGGUCACAUGAUUGGUCUCGUGACCAAAGGACUUAGAUUGAAAUGCCAGAUAUGUACGCCUCUUCCCUCAAAAAAUUCGGAUCCGCCACUAGUUGAUGAUUAAAAGCCAGAAGUUUG